UUUAUCACUGUCAGAAGCCCACUCGCUCAGUCCACUUCCAUCAGGGAAUGUAGCAACCCCAGAUCAAAGCCCCAGAGUUCUGGAAAGCUCUUUCACCACCAGUGGCUCAUGGUUCCAGGCCUGGGUGAGAAACCUGAACAUCCAGGCUUGCAUAGCUCAUUAAUGCUUCAACAGAUCAUUGGAGGCUCUAUUUCCCCUUCCCCAUCAGUGGAUCCGAUCUGACUCCAUGGGGCGACCGUCUGCCAUUUACCCAAGGGCUUGUAAAACUCGCCAAACUUCCUCAUAAACUCCCAGCAAAGAAGGUUUCAUUUUUAAGAAACUCCAGCCCAGCUGAUAUCAGAUUCCAGGAACCUCGGUGGAGAAGAGUGGUGGACGCGGUCUCCAGACACAAGCAAUCGGGGGGGUAAAAAGGUGAUGUAUAGUUAGCUUUCGAUUCCUGGUUCAUUCCCCUCCUGCCCCCCUAGAGAUGCUUCACUUCCCAUGGGGCUUUGCAGUUUUCCUCCCAUUCCUCCUGGGCCUGGCGUCGGACCCUCGCGAUCCCUGCUACGAUGCCAACCAUCACCCGCACUACUGCCUGCCUGAACUCUCCGAAGUGGCCUCGGGACGCCUGGUGGAAGCAUCCAGCACGUGUGGGAACCCUCCUGGACGACUGUGCGCUUUCCGGGACUCGGCUGACCCAGCCUCGAAAUUCUGCCAGCGCUGCAAAGAAAAUGUCCACUUGCCAGAGUUCCUCACCGACGCCGAGGGCAGCGCCACUUGCUGGUGGUCCCAGCCGGCAGCUAACGCCACACUGACUUUGGCUCUAGGACGGCGGGUGGAAGUUCUCUACGUGGCUCUGCGGUUCUGCUCCCCGCGACCAGAAUCCCUCGCAAUUUACAAGUCGAUGGACUAUGGGCGCACCUGGGUGCCCUUCCAGUUCUUCUCCACGCACUGCCGGCGGCGUUACCAUUUGCCGCCAACCACCGCCAUCCUGAAAGCCAUGGAGCACGAGGCUGCUUGUGUCGAAGCCCAAACGGCCCCCAAGCCUCUGACUGGGGGGCUGGUGGCCUUUAUGCCCCUGGCAGGCCGUCCCUCCGCCAGGAUGUUUGAGUAUAGCCCUGUGCUCCAGGACUGGGUCACAGCUACUGACCUCCGCGUGUCGUUCGACCGCAUGCACCCGACACGGACGUUGGGGUUGCGGAGGAAGGAGGCAUCCUACGGAGUGGCGGAGCUGCAGGUUGGGGCCCGGUGCAAAUGCAACGGACACGCCUCGCGGUGCGCACCCGGCCAGGAUGGAGGGCCGCCCCAGUGCGAGUGCCGCCACAACACAGCCGGGCUGGAGUGCGACACCUGCAAAGCCUUCUACUGGGACAGGCCCUGGCAGCGGGCAACCCCUAAAGACGCGCAUGAGUGUGUGGCUUGCGACUGCCACCUCCACUCCCACCGUUGCCGGUUCAGCAUGGAGCUCUUUGAACUCUCGGGGCGCCGAAGCGGUGGGAUCUGCUUGAACUGUCGCCACCACACAGCAGGGCGCCACUGCCAGUACUGCCUGCCAGGCUUCAAGCGUGACCUCAGCAGGCCCAUGGUGAGCAGCAAGGCCUGUAAAGCCUGCCAGUGUCAUCCCAUUGGCGCGGUUGGCACCAUUUGCAACCAGACCACAGGGCAGUGCCAGUGCAAGAAUGGAGUCACCGGCCUGACCUGCAACCGCUGUGCUCCAGGUUUCCAGCAAAGCCGAAGCGCCCAUGCCCCCUGCAUGCGGAUCCAGGAAGUGAUGACGACGACAAUCGCCCCACCACAGGAGUGGAAUGCAGGUACUGAAUGUCAGACCCACUGCAAGCCACCGCGAGGACGUGUCCAGAUGAACCUGAGAAACUACUGCAAAAAGGAUUAUGUUCUCCGUGCGCAGCUGCUGGCAAUGGAGAAGUCGGGCACGUGGUGGCAGUUCACGGCCUCGGUCCUCACCGUCUACCGCCAGCGCCGAGUGCCCAUUCGGCGGGGCGAGCAGCCGCUCUGGGUGCCUGAGCAGGACCUGGCGUGCCGCUGCCUCCACCUCCAAGUCGGCAAAUCUUACCUGGUGAUCGGCAACGAUGAGGAGUCGCCCGACCCUGCCCGGUUAAUCCUCGACAAAAACAGCCUGGCCCUGCCCUGGAGGGACGCCUGGGCGCACAAACUGCGCAGUUUCCAGCAGCAAAGCAGGCGUGGGAAAUGUAGACUCAGCUGAAUCA